ACCUACAUGCGGAUACAGCAGGGUACAGCAUUUCAGCAGUUUUUGUUUGGUUCUGUUCCUGCAACAAGAUGUUUAGAACUAUUUUCUGUCUCUUCCUGGCUUUUUGCUGCAGUCCAACACAUCUGACCAAUACAGUGUCCUCUGGAAUCUUUCAGAUGCCAUCAGCCAUCACCCUCUUGCAGGUGAAUUCCACAGCCGAGUUCCGCUGCGCUGCCACAGAUGACGAGCCUUUUGGGCUGUACCUCAAACGCCGUUACGCUCUGAAGAGAGAGCUGCUCUACAUGUCCCUUCCCAACUGCAAGAAGACCCUGCAUGCCACCGUUGAGCAUCGUCUGUCAAUCACGGGCACCUGCUGCAACUUCAUCCUGCGGUUGUCUCAGCUCCAGCCGCAGGACACUGAUGGCUACAUCUGUGAGUGGCUCUUCUACAACGGCGUGUUUCCACCCACUCACAAACAAGCCAACGAGACAGUCAUCAUUAUUAGAGAUGGAAACCCGGAGGAACACUGCAAUAAAGAUCAUUCAGCAGAUCGCUGGUUCAUCAUGAUCAGUAUUGCAAUGGGUGUUGCAACACUCAUUAUUUGCGCUUGUGCUAUAGCCUGGAAAAUCCGAAAGAUGAAUUCUCUGCAUUAUUCAACUUCUGAGGUCCAACAUGUGCAUCACAGAUCCUAAUGCUCUCGUCACAGAGGAAAACACUACAAUUCCCAUGGCACUCUCUCUUAGCAACAUACUCUACGUCUUCAUAGUACACUCAUUUGAGAAUAUAUCUGGGCUACCUUAAAUCUUGCCACAGGAGACAGAUUAAAGAAAAGGCUUCAUCUUAGUUUACUUCUUUCGUUGCUGUUCUUCUUUUAUCCUGUAGUGUUUUCUUUCCCUUUCUACUGAUUCUAUGUUAUUUAUUUCCAAAAAUGUAUUUAUUUACAUGUAUAUGGUCUUGUGAAUACUGCAAUGGUGACACAGGACACUGUCACCAGUAUCCAAUAAUACUUUUCCAGAGGCCAUCUGGUAAUGGAGUACUAGGUUGAGAAAGCAUACAAAGCAUAUCUAUUGUGGUUAUUUUCCAAUGUGACAUAUUUGAAUGUUCUCAUGUCCUGCUCAAGCACAGUUCUUUCAUAUAUUUCUGCUUUCUUCUUCUUCUUAUACUUAUUUUCUAUUCCCCUUUUAAUUCUUGUUGUUACGUGAUGCAGUUUCUUCUUUGACUAAAUCUAAACUUUCGUUUUUUGCAGUAUAGUUAAAAUGUGUGUAAGUUUGUCUUUCAAUCGCUACAGCUGGCUAAGCACUAGGAGAGUGAAAUCAAAAAUGUUAUUUGUGUUCUAAAUGCUCAUAAAUUGGAAUUAGAGAUCAUAGUGUGUCCUAGUUUAUUUCUUGGUAUUUUCUCUUUUGGAAUAAAAGUACUUUUGAGGUUAACUACCUGUGAGGGAAAAUGCUUAAUGCUUGCAUAAAGGAGGAAAUAAGGAAUAUGUGACCUUUGCCCUCAUCUCGACCAG